CUUAUCCAAGAUGAUCUAAAAUGGCCCUGGCCUGUGUCUGGGUGCACCAUACCCCCCCCCCCCACCAGCUGUCCGAAGGACAACAUAGCAGGAAUUGUACUCCCUGCCCCCUUCCUCCAAGGCCCAUUAAAGGCUCCCGUGGUCCCCUCCGUCCCAUCGAUCCAUCCGUGCUGUUUCCAGCUAAGUGCUGCUGAGCUCAGACCCUAGGGACCAAGGGAAAGAGGCCUUGGUUGGUUGAUGAGGGAACAGAAUGGGGGGGGGGGGGUUGUUGCCUAGGAGGAGGAGGCUGGCAUUCGGAAAUGGGCAACGGGGAACUGAGUUAGACAUGAUGGAGGAGGGAGUUGGGAGGGUCAAGUACUUAUUCCCCACCGAGAGCUAGGGAUUCCCCCCCAGAAGAGAAUGGAGACUUGGGGGCCGGGAGCCAGGAAACCUGGACGCUGUCCGUCUCCCUCCCCUCCCUCCUCUCCUCCAUCCUCGAUUUGCUAGAGGAGGAGGAAGAAGAGGAGAAGCCGGGGCAGAGGAGCUGCUGCCGCUGCCGCCGCCGCCGCUGCCACCACCACCACUGCAGUGGGGAGCCCUGGCACCCCAGCCCCGCCCCCGGGAGGAGGGGGCGGGGCCAACAGAAGGCAGCAGAACCGCCUGCCCGGGCGGUGGAGGGCAGGGUGGAAGGGGACCCUCCCUGCGGCCAUCCUCUGGCUCCUCCUGCCCGGGCUUGUGGGGAGACCCCAGUCCCUGCUGCCGCCCCGCCCCUCGAGGCCCCGCCCCUCGCCUCAGCCUCCUCCCCUGCGCAGAGCCCAGCCCCAGCCCCACAACCUCACUCCCUACUCCCACACUAGCACCGGCGGCCACCUGGCCCCUGAAAGUCCCUUCCCCUGGGAAAUAGCCCCGCCCUUUGAAGCUGGCCCCAGCUCCAGAGCAGAAGCCCCGAUCCCGGCCCCUUGGCCAGGGGGCCCAGCCCCCUCCCCUACCAGCGCUCAGCCCCCAUAGCUGCAGCUCCUUCUCCAGCUCAGCCUGGUUCAGCCUUGCUUCUGACCCCCAGACCCCCUUUUUCUUUCUGUGCUUCUGACCCCCAGACCCCCUUUUUCUUUCUGUGCUUCUGACCCCCAGACCCCCUUUUUCUUUCUGCCCUUUUCUUUCUGUGCUCAGCCUUCUUCCUCCUCCUCCCCCUCCUCGGCUUCUCAGCCUGCUCUGACUUUGGGCCUCGAUUCCGAGCUGGUCCUCUCCUGCCACUGUAUCCUGAUGUUUCCAAGGCAGAUGCCCGCCUGAGUUGGUCAGGCAGUCCUGGCAGCCCGUGUGCUUGGAGGAUGGCAGCUGGAGUAGCUACCUGGCUGCCUUUUGCCAGGGCAGCUGCUGUGGGCUGGCUCCCCCUAGCCCAGCAGCCACUGCCUGCUGCCCCCCAGGGAUGUGAGGCCCGCAGUGAUGAAGUGCUGGUGGUAAAUGUCAGUGGACGACGCUUCCAGACAUGGAAGAAUACACUGGACCGCUACCCAGACACACUUUUGGGCAGCUCAGAAAAGGAAUUUUUUUUUGACCCGGACUCAGGCGAAUACUUCUUUGACCGGGACCCAGACCUCUUCAGGCAUGUCCUCAACUUCUACAGAACUGGCCACCUCCACUGUCCCAGACAGGAGUGCAUCCAGGCUUUUGAUGAGGAGUUAGCAUUCUAUGGUAUCGUGCCAGAGCUGAUUGGUGACUGUUGCCUGGAAGAAUAUCGAGACCGCAAGAAAGAGAAUGCCGAACGCCUGGCAGAGGAUGAGGAGGCUGAGCUUGGGGGUCCUGGUGGGGCUGGGGCCGACUGGGCACUGCCACCUGGCAGCCCCUUUCGCCAGCGCCUGUGGCGAGCCUUUGAGAACCCUCACACAAGCACCAUGGCGCUGGUGUUCUACUAUGUAACAGGCUUCUUCAUUGCGGUCUCUGUCAUCGCCAAUGUGGUAGAGACCAUCCCUUGUCGGGGUGGAAGCAGUGCAGCUAGUGGCCGACCUGGCUGGCGGGAGGAGCCCUGUGGGGACCGCUUCCCACUUGCCUUCUUCUGCAUGGACACAGCCUGUGUGCUUAUCUUCACGGGUGAGUACCUACUUCGGCUGUUUGCGGCCCCCAGUCGGGGUCGCUUCCUCCGCAGUGUCAUGAGCCUCAUUGAUGCUGUGGCUAUCCUGCCCUAUUACAUUGGGCUCUUUGUGCCCAAGAAUGAUGACCUGUCUGGGGCCUUUGUGACCUUGCGUGUCUUCCGAGUCUUCCGAAUCUUCAAGUUCUCUCGGCACUCCCAGGGCCUUCGGAUUCUGGGUUACACACUCAAGAGCUGUGCCUCCGAACUGGGUUUUCUCCUCUUCUCCCUCACCAUGGCUAUCAUCAUCUUUGCCACUGUCAUGUUCUAUGCUGAGAAGGGCACCAGCAAGACCAACUUCACCAGCAUCCCCGCUGCCUUCUGGUACACUAUUGUUACUAUGACCACCCUUGGGUACGGGGACAUGGUGCCCAGCACAAUUGCAGGAAAGAUCUUUGGCUCCAUCUGCUCACUCAGCGGGGUGCUGGUCAUUGCCCUGCCAGUGCCUGUCAUCGUGUCAAACUUCAGCCGAAUUUACCAUCAGAAUCAGCGAGCUGACAAGCGCCGGGCCCAGCAGAAGGUACGGCUGGCAAGAAUCCGAAUGGCGAAGAGCGGGACCACGACGGCUUUCCUUCAGUACAAACGCAACAGGGGCCUGGAGGACCAAGAUGAUGCCAAAAGGCCGGCGCUAAGUCCAAGAAACCGCUCAGCUUUUGAACGGCAGCACCAUCAUCUUUUGCACUGUCUGGAGAAGACCACGUCACAUGAGUUCACAGAUGAGUCCACCUUCAGCGAGGCACCGGGAGUCGUUUCCCUGGGUGGCCGAACCAGCCGAAGCACCUCCGUGUCUUCCCAAGCCGUCAUGGGAAGCAGCACUAGGGCUAAUCGUCUCAUCUCCUCCUGCUGCCCCCGACGGACCAAGCAGAGGAGGGCCAUGCGCCUGGCCAACUCCACGGCCUCUGUCAGCCGAGGCAGCAUGCAGGAGCUGGACACUCUUGCUGGCCACCACAGCCCAGGGCCACAGAGCCGAGCCAGCCUCAAUGCCAAGAUUCACGAUAAUUUGACUCUGAAUUGUGACAGUCAGGCCCUGGUGGCAGCCAUCAUCAGCAUCCCCACCCCUCCGGUGAACACCCCAGACGAGAGCCAGCCACAUUCACCUGCCAGUGACCAUGGGGACGGGCCUGGAAGACCCUCUGGGGGUGUUGGUGGCAGCAGCAGCAGCAGCAGCAGCAGCAGGGGGGCCCUCCGGAAUGCCAGCCUGGGCCAUUCUUAUCUUCUCCACAGCACCGUCAAAAUCUCCUCCCUGUGACUGGGGGCUGCACCCCUCCUUUGGGGCAUCACUUCCCCACCUUGGAUGUCUCUGUGUUUUGUUCCCAAAGCCAUAUUUGGAGGGGGCAAGGUUUGAGGAAGAUGAGGGGCACACUGCCCUCUUCUUGUCAGAAGCAAUGGGAUAUUCUAGUGUUGGGAGGUGGGGCCCCCAUGUCAGCCCUUCUUCCGUCUCGAUCUGUCCCUUGACAGGACAAUUUUGUAGUGCAAUGAAUGGGGGGGGGGGACUAAUUGCUCUAAUUCAAGAACCCAGUUGGGGGUAGGGAGAACCCUGGCCCCACCCAUCUCCCCUCUACUCUAUCCCCCAGAGACAUGGAUAUCACCAGCUGGGAUGGCAGAGGAUGGGCCUUGGGGUCUCCCCAGAGCUUACCUAUUCCUAGGGCGUGUCAGUGACUGGGCCAGCAGAAGGGAAGAGUCAGGUCUUGGCCUGUAACUUCUCCAGCCUUUGUGGCCGGGAUAUUUGACCUACUGGCAUGGUGGAAGGUGGUCCCAGUAUCUUGGUAGGGGCAAGUCUGCUCACUCAGCACAUCUCCAGGGUGUAUCACCACCUGGGCUAGCAGAGGGUGACUGCUAGAUGGCAGUGACAGCAGAGGAGUCCUCUACCUGUCGUCUCAUAGCUCCAUCCUGGGAAAUGCUAGCAGGCUGUCGCCAUGGAUUCCCCUUCUUCAUCUGGAGGACAGGUGACUAAGAGCAACAGUGGAGGGGGAGCCUCCCCCCAUCUCCUCCCAUCAUCCUCAGGCCCGGAGAUCAGCAAGGAAAGAACAGCAGAAAGUGAUCCACAGUAUCGUGGGAAGAGAAACAGAGUCCUGGCCCCUGAGCACCAGCUCAGCUCCCUAGGAAGGGAGGCCCCACAUCCCUGUCCCUCUCAAGGCAUAUAAAGCUAUAGCUCCUAGCCUGGCUGUUUGAUGCAAAGAGCCUCUGGCCAUCCCAACAUUCUGCCCUUGAUUAUUGGUGAGAGAACUGAGGGCAGCAGGCCAGGAGGAGGAGGGGCUUCAAGGUCUCUCCUCAGUAUCUCCAGAGCUGUUAGAGCCUACCUCGGUUUCCCUUUUGUGUCCUAGAUCUUCUCCACCAGCUGCCUGCCUGCUUGCCUCCCUCCUGGCACGUCUCAGGUUUCCCCACCUGCCCCAUGCUUGAAGCCAGUGGAUACAGUUUAAACAAAU